AUGGCGUCUCAGCAAUAUGAAGAAACUGAAAAGGGGAAAUCCCAGUACCGGGAAGAAAGCGAAGCAGAGCAAAACACCAAUACGGAAAACGAGCAAGCGAAUCUUGGACCACGAGCCAGCGACACACGCUCACUGUCAUCACAAUUCCCCCCACCAACACUAAAACCCUUCAUCCCACCCCCCGUCUCUUCGUCAUCCAACACAGAUUACUUCACCUCUCCCGUCUCCGAAACUCCCAGCAGCUUCUCCCAAUCGACCUCCUUCUCCGAGUCCCCGGAAACCCCACAAGAAGGACAGAACCCCCGAAGAAGGUCUUACACCAAGACCCUCUCGCUUCCCUUGCCCAAUCAGGCAAUGCCCAUACCUCACCCUUCCCCAUCAACUACCUCUUUCCCCACGCCUACUUCUCAUCCAGCUGCUGAGUCUAGCAUGUAUGAAUAUGGCCAGCCUAUCGAACCCGGGCCAAUGUACUUGACAGGUGAGAAGAUUGUUCAAGUCGAGGUCCAGGGCGAGAUCAUUGUCGCGGAGGGGUGGAGGAGACAUACGCGUGUGUUUGGGGGCGGAGUGUGUAAAGCGUGCGAGGAAAGUAAGCAGGAAGUUGAGAGGAGAGGAACGGCAUAA